CCCGACUUUUUUGCAAAGUAAUUCGUUUUUAAAAACUUUAUUUUAAAAUCUACUUUAUUCAGCGCCUAAACAUUUGAUUUAUUAUCAGAAAAGGUCUAAGGCACUUAAAAUUCGCAAAAUUUUCUUGACCCCUGAGCGCCAACUAUGAUGGCCAACCUCGUCCCCAGGGCAUCUUGUAUCUUUUUCUGACCCUGGGCCUCCUCCAAGGCCAUGUUUGUAUCGCCGUCCCAGGGUCAAAAAAGAUACAAGAUGCCCUGGGGACGAGGUUGACAAGAGUUCUAAAUCUCGUUCCUAAGGUCUUUGACGCGAAUAAAAAUAGGGUCGGCAAGUGAGUCUUUUUUGACGUCUUAAAUUAUUUGACGUCAUAUUUGUUGAUUUGACGAAAAUCACAUUUCGACCAUGCCGAUACACUGUACACCGUGAAAUGUCGACCUUUCAUAUACAGAAAACAUCAACUACAUAUCAAGAUGAAUUUGGACAACCAUCGACUUUCUCGCCCCCUCUCUUGUUCUACCAGGAACCAUGCUUGUAUCAACACGAAGACGAAUUAAAUCCAAGAUGCUUUCCCAUUUCGAUGCCAAUUUUUCCCAAACGUCCUCGCGACGGUAAAAUACCUAUUGCAGCUGGUUUUGAAACUUACGUUGACCGGUUAAAUGCAGGCAAUCUAAAAGACGAAUGGAAUGAUGGCUCUACAAGUUCUUCUGGUAGACAAACACCCGUUGAGGAGAUUUAUAAUGAUCUACCACAUGUGUUGAUCGAGGAUUUAGUGAAAAUUGGAACCUACACACCGUCCUCGCAUUUACAAAUAUUUACACCAACAGAAACUAAAAAAAUACAACCCCAGUUAAUGGAAAAUUUUAAAACAAACGAAACCUCAGUACGCUAUAAACCCCGGGUUUACCGAGAUAAACCUGAAAAGUGGCAGAAAAUUGGAUGCAUUUGGGAUAAAGUUCAAGAGAGAAAAGGAAUAUCGAAAGCAAAUGAAAAUAUUACCAACAGGUUAUCGAAAGACGCAACGCCUCGAUUAUUAUUAAGACCCAGAAUGCAUCACGGCGCCAUAGAAGCUACUACAAAAAGAUACUCCACUACAUCUGGCAAACAUUAUUUCCGGGAUAAUAUACCAGGAUACGGUGGUUAUCAACCGAGGCUACCUCAUGCAAACAAAGAUUCGUUAUCAAAUGAAUAUCAAGCUACGUCACGAAUUUAUUACAGACGUCAUCCAUCUAUAUCAUAUCGUUUACCGUUGUACGGUCACAGAGGGCCGUUGUCAAGAACUGUGACGUUGACACAACCAUGCAAUCCUUUCAAUAAGAUUAGUAAAAACAGAAUAACAGUUUCGUGAGAAACAUGUAGUAUUAUAUUUAAAUAGGAUUUUCAUUCGUCCA